UGUGUAUUCCGUAAAUAAACACAAUUGUUUGGUCUGAAUCGUAACUUAUUUGCUGUAGAAUUGAAAGUUUAGUGCGGAAAAUAUACGGGGGAAAAUGGCCAGUUUAAUUCAAUAUGUGAUUGUAAAUAAAGAGAUAAUAACGAAACUGGGCUGGCCAUUGGGAGCAGUAAUUGCUCAGUGUUGUCAUGCAACAACUGCGGUUGGUCACCAAUUCAAAGACGAUGCUGAUGUGAAGACGUACUUUGGUGACAUUGACAAUAUGCACAAAGUUGUUUUGGAGAUUGCUACUGAAGAUGAGCUACGGAAACUAAGUGAAGAUCUUGUAACAAAUGAUAUCAAACAUAAGCUUUGGAUUGAGCAGCCAGAAAAUAUUGCCACCUGCAUCGCUUUAAAACCAUACGAAAAAGAUUCUGUUAAAAAAAUCACACGAAAAUACAAAAUGCUCAAAUAAGUGUAAAUAAAAUUGCAUCAAGUUAAUAUAAUUAAGUGCUCUCUCAUCGAAUGUAUAAGCAAUUUAUGAACUAAAAAGAACUUAUGUUUGCACCUUGCGAGCGAAAGAGACAAAACAAGACCGUUCUUGAGUUUUUAGUUACUUAAUCUAUUUUGUUGUUUCACAACAAACUUUUUUUGGCGCACUACAUGAAAUGUAUUUCAUCAAAGUAACUUUGAAGUAAUAUAUUUAUUUGCAAAAUGAAUUACAAGAUCUUGAUUUAAUUUCUUUUUUGAAAUAUACUGCCUUUGGUUUAAAUUAAAUAAAUAAUAUGAGCAUAGAA